AUGCCUUCAUUUGGCACAUCGGCCUCCUUGACACCUACACAUCCCACCGCCCCAGCUUCCUUCAGUGCCCUAAACAUCGCCACAUCUCAUCUUAUGGCGGCCGAAAAUCGCCCCACAAUAUCCACCGAGACGCUUCCUUCUGCAGAUUCAAUAUCCUUCCUCGAGUCCUCAUUCUUCACACGAAACGGAUCAGGGGCCAAGCUACCAUCUCCCGCGGAGGUUCGUGAACAAGGUGCUAUCCAAGACCCAUCGUCAAAAGAUCGUAACUUUUCUUUUCGCCCUGUCCGUUACAAGCAGCUCGGCCUAAUUGUGAAAUAUGGGCGUGCUCCAGAGGUAACAGUUGCUGAGGGCCAGUUACUCUGGGUAUUCCCUCGUAUCUUACCUACUAUACCAGUUCCAGAGGUGUAUGGCUGGACUCAUGAUAAUGGCCAAAUAUUUAUCUAUAUGGAGCUAAUUCAGGGCGUUACCCUUGAGCAACGGUGGGAGUCCCUAGACAAGGCCGAGCGAGUAGGUGUCUGCGAACAGCUUCGUGGUUUAAUCCAAGAACUUCGCAAGCUGCAGCAUGCACUGGGUGAUUUCUUCCUUGGUCACAUUAACCGCGAUCCUCUCGGUGAUAUCGUUUUUACCAAUGAAAACCGACCUCCUGCGGGACCCUUUCUCUCAGUUGCUCAAUUUCACGAUUGGAUAGCAACGGUCCUUAAACUAUGUAUUCGACAAAAUUGGCCAGGCAAAAAACUUUCUGAAAUCCCGGAUCCUUAUCGAAGUAGUCUACCUGAUGAUGCGCAAGUAGUUUUUACUCAUGCUGAUCUCCAUCCAAGCAACAUCAUGGUUUCAGAAGAUUCUAAUAAGAUCCUUGCAAUUAUUGAUUGGCAGCAAUCGGGAUGGUAUCCAGACUACUGGGAGUUUUAUAAAGCUGCAUUUACGGCCGAAAUAGGUAGUGAGUGGGUGGAGGUGUAUAUACCAUUGUUUCUAGAGAAGCCUACAAGUACCAGUCUUGAAGCUAUUGACUUCUAUGCUGGGUCGCUGGGAUACUGA